CGUUCUUUACAAAUACUCAAAAAAGUGUUGAUGCUUUCUAUAGUAAAUUACAACCAACCAAACAGAAAUUUUGGAUAUUUUAUUUGUGUGAAUGAGUUUAAUAUCACUUAAAUAAAGCUUGUUUAUACGAGUUUCUAUCAACCUUAACUCGAGAAGUGCUGAUAAAACGAUCAUCGACAGAUGGAAGUGUUUCAUGGUGGAGAAAAACUUACAAUCUGCAUAAUCAGCUGUCAGUGAAAUAGAUCAUCUGUCCCUGUAAAUAUAAAAGCUAAAACAAUCAUAACACGUUUAAGAUAAACGAGUGUAAAUAAUGAAGUAAACAAUAGAGUUACGAUGUGAGCCAUACCGCGCAGUCGACGGGACGAAACAUCGAGGCAGAUAUGGGAUAAUAACCUAUCAGAGGAGCGAGGUGGUCCGUGGACCAACUAUGGCAGGGCUGCCGUGAGCGCUGGGCGCGAGUUUUUCACCAGGUCGAGUGCUAAAUCUGAAAUAUGUCCGGCGAGUUUCCGUUCGCGGCGAAGAUAGUGAGCCCUGUUAAGUGCAAUGAGAAACCUUGGGAUCAUUGGGUCAGUGAGAUUGGGCACCUGUCGCCGCGGCGGGACGACGAUGGGUUCCCGGUGCCGGCAGCCGUGGACGCUAAGAGCGGCUCCGCGCGCCGGCCGCACGACGGGCGCCCCUACAAGCUGUCCGAGCGCGCGCGGUACCGCCGUGCGGGGCUUAACAGGCUCAAGUUCGAGAGCAUGAGCCUCCAUGGACUGUUCCCCCAAAUGGACAAUUUAAAUGCAGCCAUGUGUCACAUGUGUGGUGUUAUAGUGAAGUGUAGUGCGGCUUACAGACACUUAUUGGACUCUCACUCUUCGGCAGAGCCUAUACUACCCCCUCCGCCACCCGCGACCACAGGCAGUCGGAGUCGGACUCGACAUAAAACACAAAAGGACCCCCCACCUCCUAUACCCACACAUCCUGAUUUGCUCCCAGUGAAGAUGGAAACCUCCCCAGUUCACACUGCCACUGCCCCACAUUCAAGAAUAGUCAUACCACCUCAGCCAGAAAUGCAAUAUUUAGAAGAACCGAGCACUUCCUCUGCCGUUAUGGGAGAGGUGCAGGUUUGUGUGGAGAGUGGACAGUUACCCGUAGUCAGUAUACAGGACACUGAGGAAUUGCCCCUUGGAGAGAAUAUUACAGAUGACAUAUUUGCAAUAAUGAAUUCUGAAGGUAUUCAGGCUGAUGAUAUCACAAAUGCAGCAGAUUGGAAGAAUAUCAUUCGAGAUAUAGGUAAUAUGCAAGAAAUAAACUUCCCCCAAACCACCGACCCUGUUCCACCACAAGAUCUGUAUCCUUCAUUACCAGCUUACACGUUACCUGAACAAGAUAUGUUACAGUUUGCCGCACCUACAACCUCUCCUAUGGUACCAUCUGUGAUAGACACAAAAGCACUGAGCAAUAUAGCUUUAAAAGCGACUCCGACGACGCCGAGUACCCCAUCAUCAAAAUCGUCGUCCAGGUCGAAAACAAGUAAAACGAAAUUUAAUUUACGAGAAUACGAUCCAAACAAGCAUUGUGGGGUUGUGACGGCGGAGAACCCAAAACCGUGCACACGGUCACUGACAUGCAAAGCGCACGCUCUGUCGCUGCGGCGGACGGUGGAGGGGCGGAUCAAGCCUUUUGACCAGUUGUUGGCUGAACAUCGAGCCUCUCGCGACGCCAAUGCAGCAGCGCAGCAUGCGAGUGCGCAGCACGCAUCUGCGCCGACACAGCUGCCGCAGGCGGCGCCAGCGCCGGCCGCCUCUGUUACGCCCGCGGCCGUUCCUAUCAACCUCCCACCGCUCCUAGUCAAUACGGCGUUAGAUUUCAACGCCUUCAACGGUAUGACAGCCGAGCAGCAGGUCAAUGACAUCUACGCGAGUUUAAUCAGUGUGGAAGACCCAAACUCUGUGCUGCCGGACGCGGCGGAGAUCAGCUCGCUUCUGGGUCCACCACUGAAUGCAGACCAGUUCCUGCUGCCGGACGAGGCGGAGCUGCCGCCCGAGGUGCCCCUGCCGACCCUCGUGUCGCCGGCGGAGCGCGUGGCCGGCGCCGGGCCGGUGGACAAGCCGGACGAGGCGCCGCCGCCGCUGGUGCCGACCGACGUCUGCUGGUACUCCUCGUCCCCGCGUCCGCUAGCUCUCUGCACGUUUAACGCGUCCCACGCCGGCAGCGCGAUCACGUUAGGCAAAAAAUUCGCAACAGUACGGAGUAACAUCAAAUCUUCACUAAGUAGGUCACAGAGCAAGUCGACAGGCUCUUCGAACAAUUUCUACUAUAACCAGAAUCCGCUGUCGUUGUCCAAAAGUGUACAUAUGAACGCUAGUAAAACGAAUAAGCCCGAGGUGCGCAAGCUGAUAGUGGCGUGCAGCGGCGGCGUGAGCGCGGGCGCGGCGCCGCGCGUCAACGGGCACGCGGCGGGCGCGAGCACGAAGCUGAAGCACGCGCGGCGCGCGCCCGCCGCCGUGCUGGACCUGGGCUUCGCGCUCGACGUGCUGGCCGACGAGAAGUGUUGAGUACCGAUAAGCAAUCACCGGUUGUGUAGUCACAUAAUUGUAUAUUUAUUUUUCUGUAAAGAAUCGAAUCGGACUGUAAAAUGUAAAAUAAUCACGAAUUUUAUCCCGAUCGGAGUUUAUAAUGUUACGAUAAUGUUAAAUCUCAUUUUUUUUCGUCGAGAAGCGAACUAAUGUUUGUAUUAUUUUGUAUAUUAUUUAUAAGAUUUUUUUAAAUCGCUCUCCGAUGCGCAAGUCGGUAUGUGUCAAUGAAUUAAAAUAGCUUAUACAGAAUGGUUGUAUUUUUUCGAAAUGACAUAUUACUCAUUGUUGAUACUGAAUUGAAUACUGAAUAAAUAAAUGGCCUAGAAUUAAUAAUGGUUUAAUGUGAUGAAAAUUUCCAUGUAAAAAUAUAAAUACUAUGAUAAGUCUAUCCAUAAUAGUAAAUCGCCUCCUUUUGAAAAUAAAGGCAAAUACCUCAAUAUCAA